GUAGAGGAAAGAAUUUGACUUCUGGUGGAAGAGGUGGAACCAGAAACAGAGAACAAUACUUGCUAAACGUAUUCGAGGUCGUAGUGUCCACACUUGAAGGCAAAUUACAGAGGAUAGAAAAUCUGGACAAGGCAGUCGAGCACCUCAUGCGCAGGGUGGAACUUCUGGACUCAAGGGUGUCAGAUAAUUUAGAAAAAACCGACUCCGUGAUUACAAAACUGAGGUCUUUAGACACGAGGCUGUUUCAACAAUUGCCGCAGAGAGAAAAUGCGGAAAUUUCAGAUGCAAAUGAAGAAGGCAUGGAUAGUUCUGGUAGUAACAUCAACUUGGAUGAUAAAUUAGUUAAUCUAGAUAGGAAGGUGAGUGACAUCUCGACGCGUUUGGCAAGUCUAAAAACGCAACUUGACAGCAACUUACUACCCCUGGAUGAUAUCAACGCAGAAGCCAGUGAGAAGAAGCCCGUCAGCAUGAAUGUCUUGGAUGCAACCAGAGCUAUGAACACAGAAUUGAUGAACCAUGUUACAAAGGAGAUUGGAGGACUAAGAGCAGCAGCGGACGGCGUGGACAGAAAACUACAAUUCCAUGUCAACUUGGUCUCAGAAAACUUGGCCAAAGUUUUACAUCUGGUGACAGAAGUACACGAAUCAGUGGUCACGGACAAUCUACCAGUCUUUAACCGCAAUGGGAACGCGAAUGUUACGAAUAUAGGAAACUCCAAACAAGCAGCAACGUCCAGAUCGGAUGACCAAGUCACAAUGGCAGACAGAAUUGGGCACAGGAUGGACGAAGUUUUAGAUUUGGUGGUGGAUACUAAGACAACAUUGGACAACCUGGUUCCGAGAACUGGAGAACUGUUGACUCAGACUUUGAGACAAGAAAGAGCUAUUGGACAAGUUCAUCAGGAUCUCCGUGCUAAAGCCAACCAGAUCAUAUCCAAUUUAGACAUGGUGGAGAGGAGAUUGAGGAAACAGGAACAACAACACGCAGCAAAUUCUUUGCCUGUACCUGCAGAACUUCUAUUGGAUCCGACCAUCGAUCGACUGGUUGAAUAUGGACAGACAACUUUUGAUGAUCACGACUAUACUAUAGCUGGAACAACAGAAUCGCCACAAUCCACAGUAACACUCCAAACUUCUUCCACCCAACACCAUUCGACAAGUUCCAGUGCAAACCUCAACUCUGCCACAUCCGGCAAUACUGCUGCCAACUCUACAUCUAACAAUGCGAGCAGUGCUACUAGCAGUAAAGCAAACAUACCGAGAAAAGGUGGAAUUAUUUUCCCUUCAGUGAAAAAUAAGCCAACGUUAGUUAAUUCGACUUUCGCUGCUGCAGCUAGUGCGGAUUCCAUCAACUAUCGGGAUGUUAAGGGCUACUCCUGUGUGGAUUUGCUCAAUGCAGGCAUGAAGGACUCAGGAGUGUACUACUUGCAGAUCCGUGGAACCACUUACUGGUUCCUUAAAGUUUUCUGUGAACAGCAAAUUUCUGACGGAGGAUGGACGGUUAUCCAAAGACGUGACGAUUUUGGUGGCAGCGGAGAGGGAUCUCGGGAAAACUUCAACAGAGAUUGGGCCGAUUACAAAAAUGGUUUUGGAGAUCCAGCAAAGGAAUUCUGGUUAGGAAACGAAAAUAUCUACAUGCUCACCAAUAACGAGGACUACGCUUUAAGAGUUGAGUUGGAAGAUUUUGAAGGAAAUAAGAGAUAUGCUCAAUAUUCUCACUUCAAGAUCUAUUCGGAAGCAGAGUAUUACAAACUCGAAAUUGAUGGAUACGAGGGCAACGCUGGUGAUUCAUUAAAUGACCCCUGGUAUGGAUCCAAUAAUUCACCAUUCUCCACCUACAACAGGGAUAAUGAUAGGUCAAGUCUCAAUUGUGCCAGUAUGCUUAAAGGAGGUUGGUGGUGGAAAAGUUGUGGCCGCGGAUUGAAUGGUUUAUAUCUUCACGAUCCUCAAGAUUUAACAGCAAGACAAGGUAUCGUGUGGUUCAGAUGGCGUGGUUGGGACUAUACCUUGAAAAGGGCAACGAUGAUGAUUCGACCUCGUGGUGCAUCUUCUGCAUCCUUUGCAUCAGCGUCAUCUACGUCAUCAACGAGCAACGCGACCGUCAACACCGGCAGUGCUGCCAACCAAUUAGGAUCGCGGUGA